UCUAACACUGGAUUUCUUGAGCACACCUGUAAUGCCAGCAUAGCUGUGCGAAAAGGCUGCAGGUGCAUGCCCGCGUAUUGAGCCGCAAAAGGUAUAGCGAGCUCUUUCACCAGGCGACUUUAACUGUAGACAUGUACGCACGAGAAGGUAGAUACGCUUCUCAAUAUAUAAGUAUCGUCCAGUGUAUCGUCUCCUCCCAUCACAUUUAAUCUCAACUUCGCCUUCAUAACACCAAAUCGUGCUCGUCAGGCUUGCUCAAUAUCCACUGCAUCUCAGCUGCCACUCCAUAGCCAUGACGGUCACAGCAAGCAUCGACAUUGCAUCCCCACCAGAAACUGUCCGCGCGAAGUUCCUCGACUUUGCAUCCCUUUCCAAAUAUCACAAAGGCUUCUUUACGUCCCUAAGCCCACUCGGCCCGGUCGAAUCAGGGAACAAGAUACGUGUCGUCUUUUCAUCUGGUCAAAAGAUGGACGCACCAAUCGAACACAACACACCCACCUCCUUUGCAUGGACCGGCUCAAUACCGCUUCUGUUUACAGGCACGCAUUCUUUCGUUUUCGAGCCCAGCAGCACCGUUCCAGGUGGUACAAAGUUCACACAAGAAGAAGUCUUCAGUGGCGCACUAGCUUUCUUGAUGGGCGAAAACGUGGUAGCCCGACAAUUCGGCUUCCCAGAAAAGACGAGGAGAGGAUGGGAAGGUUACAACAAUGACUUGAAAGCGUGGUGCGAAGCACAAUGAUGUGGUUAUUUAUAGAUUUCCUUUUUAUGCCGAAUAUCUGC